UGGGGCGCGCUUACUUCGCCGAUAUGUAUCGAUAACAAAUGAGUAGUUUUGUUGGGGUGGGUGGUGAAUAGUCUUCACAUCGCUGUGAACAGCUGUUUACACAAAUAAAAUAUUUUCUACUUCAUUCGCUAAAUUAAAAAUUAGUUUUAAUUAUGAAUUUAAUAAGUGGUAUUAAAUUGUAUAUUGAAAAGAUGUGCACAGAGUCUGGACCCGGCAUGAAAAUCAUAUUACUAGACAAGGAGACGACGAGCAUAAUUUCAAUGGCAUUUAGUCAAUCUGAUAUGCUACAACGCGAGGUGUAUCUCUUUGAACGCCUGGACUCUGGCCGUUCCAACGAACGCUUAAAGUACCUCAAGUGCAUUGUUUUUAUACGCCCCACAAAGCAAAAUAUCCAACUGCUGGCCAACGAGCUGCGCAAUCCCAAAUAUAGCGCCUAUUUUAUAUAUUUUAGCAACAUUAUACCACGCACUGAUAUUAAAUAUCUGGCUGAAUGCGAUGAGUCAGAGUCUGUGCGCGAGGUGAAAGAAUUGUAUGCGGACUAUUUGUGCGUUAAUCCCAAUUUAUUCUCACUGAACCUGCCCAACUGCAUGACAAAUCUUAACUGGCUACCCGAUUCAUUGACACGCAGCGUGCAGGGCAUUACGGCUGUGCUGCUGUCGCUUAAAUUGAAUCCGGUUAUACGAUACCGAGCUGGGUCACAAGUGGCGCAACUGUUAGCCAAGCUCAUCUACGAUCAGACAACCAAGGAAUCAACUCUAUUUGAUUUUCGCGGCAAUGUGGAUGGUUCUGCACCACCGUUGCUCCUGUUGCUGGAUCGCAGAGAUGAUCCAGUGACACCAUUGCUGCAUCAGUGGUCCUAUCAAGCCAUGGUGCAUGAGCUGCUGAAUAUACGCAACAAUCGCGUCGACUUGUCUGAACGUUCCAAUGUACCCAAGGAGUUUAAGGAGCUGGUGCUCUCCGGUGACCAGGAUGAGUUUUAUGGCAGCAAUAUGUAUGCCAAUUAUGGCGAAAUUGGUUCUACUAUAAAACAGCUAAUGGAAGAAUUUCAACGCAAAGCCAAUGAUCAUAAGAAAGUCGAGAGCAUUGCUGAUAUGAAGAACUUCAUAGAAUCCUAUCCGCAGUUCAAAAAAAUGUCCGGCACUGUGCAAAAACAUUUGUGUAUCAUGGGAGAAUUAUCUAGCAUUUCGAAUAAGCGAAAUCUGUUCGAAGUAUCGGAGUUAGAGCAAGAGAUGGCCUGCAAGGCUGAGCACUCGGCACAGCUGCAACGCAUUAAAAAAUUAAUUGCUGACGAACGGGUCCACAUCGAUGAUGCGGUCAAGCUAGUGGCAUUGUAUGCACUGCGGUACGAACGCCAUGCAAAUUGUGAUACCUCCGGAUUGCUACAGAUUAUCAAGACACGUGGAGGUAACACACAGAUUGUACCCGCUUUGAUUGAGUACGCGGGCAUGCAUGUGCGCCAGGGCGAUCUAUUUAAUAUGAUGCGCAUCACUGAUGCUGUAAAGUUGACAAGAAUACUAAUCAAAGGGCUCAAAGGUGUAGAGAAUGUAUUCACACAGCACACUCCUUUGCUUAAGGAAACGCUGGAGGAUGUGUUCAAAGGCCGUGAACUGGACCCCAUGUAUCCAGCCAUCAAUUCUGAGCUGGUGCCAUAUCGACGACCACCACAGGAGGUAGUGGUUUUUAUCAUUGGCGGUGUCACUUACGAAGAGGCAUUUGCCGUACAUCAGCUGAACAAUGCUGGCUAUCGGGUGAUCCUUGGCGGCACCACCGUGCACAAUUCCCAAAGCUUUAUCAACGAAGUGCUUGCGGCCACGAUUGGCACACAAUUCAAACAUACCAAAUCCAUGCUUAAGUAUUGCUCCCCAGAUAAUCUUUAAGAUCCCCAGCUUCAUCUUAUUCCAUAUACUACGAUAAAAAUAAUACUUAUUGCUAU